AUGGCGAGUGGUCCGCCCUACAACGGUUACCAGGUGCCGCCUGGCCCGGGAAUGCCUAACCAGGCUGCCCCACCACCAACGCAGCAGUACUCUCAAUCCCCUCACCUUCAACAAUACUCUUCACCUCCGCCUCAUCAAUAUGUUCCCGGCCAGCAACCGACUUAUCAAUCGCCUCAUCCAGGCAACGCGCAGCAGGCUUACCAAACCUCGCAGCCGCCUCCUGCCCAAUAUGCGCAGUCAUCACAAGGCGUACCUCAGCAGUAUGCGCCAGCACAGCAGCACAACUACCAGUCCCCUCCUCUGGCAGGCUACCACCAAGUAAACCAGCUCGUGCAAUCACCCCAGGUCCCGUAUACCCAACCGCCGCAAGGUCAAUAUCCUCAGCAGCAGGUGCCAGGCCAGCAGGCCAGCUAUCAAGCGCCGACGUACGGUAUUGCAGCCCCACCAACACCUGCGCAGCACCAACAGCAGUACCAGCAACAAGCCGCUCAAUUCGCGACUCGGCCCUCCGCUCAAACCCAGCUACAAUCAACCGCUCAAUCUCUUUUCAAGUCUGGAAAAGGUAUUCUGGGAAAUCUCGCUAGCAACAUCAAGUCAAAGUACCCCGCUUCCUCACCUUCCGGUGCCUCCGCAAGUUCUGGGACUUCGUAUACUGGUGAAGCACCAAAGCCGACGUACAAUCCAGCACAGCAUUCUACGGAAACACCCUUGAGCCCGGCAAACUUAUUCCCGCAAGGCUAUGGGCAAAAUCAGCCUCAGCAGGCGUAUUCCAAUCAGGCGCCGCCGACACUGCACCAGACUGUCCCGCCCGCUGCUCCAGGCUACCCUCCGACUCAGUACCAAGCAGCGCAAGCGACAUCCCCAGGUCAGCAACCCUGCGCGCCUGGUCAACCGCCUCACCUGAGCUGGCAAGAGCGUUUAGAGGCUGGUCAGCACCCAAGUCUGGAGUUUCAGCAAUCGCACGCGAACGCUCACGCAGGUGUACAGGGCACCGUACCUCAGCCGCCGGUUCAAUCACCACCAGGUGCUUCGCCAUAUCCGCAGCCCGUUAUGCACCAUCAGCAGCCGAGUCCGUACCAUCCUACACCUGCGCCGCCCGUCCAUCAAUCUGUUCCACAAGGAGCGGGCUCUGCUGCCUCACCUGGGUACGGGCAGAACCCCCCUCAAGCGCUUUCGCCACAUCAACAGCACCAGAGUGCUCCUCCUCAGCUUCAACAACAGGCAUCAUGGCCACAACAGGGCGGCAUUAGUGCCCCAUAUAACCCGACACUGUCAUUGCCUCCGCCUCCGCCACAGACAGCUCCCCAGUCCGGUCCCCCAGUUGUUCCUCCCAACCAUGGCUCUCCUGCUCUACUGCAACAGCCACAGUAUCACCAGGAAUCUGGUACGACCAGCCAUCAAGACCCAACAGCGACCCAACAAGCUGGUCAAUCAUCGCCGUAUCAAGCUACCCCAGCAGGUGGUACGCACAAUACGCAACAGGUCUCCCCGCCCCAGCAGCUGUAUCAGAGUUCACGUCCCCAAGGAUACCCGCAACAGCAGGCACCUGCUCCUUCCAACCUAACGACCGCCGCUUCGGGACUAUCGCCGACUGCGCAUAUGGUACCUGUACAGCCGGCUCAGAGUGCUCCCAUGACUCACCCUCCUGCAACACAGUCACCUCACCAGCAACACCAUAGCCUACCAGCUCAGCAGCUCAUUAGUCCAGCGACAGCAACUCAGCAUGAGCAGGCACCUUUUCAGGACUUUUCUAGACCCCCAGGGCAGUAUUAUACACCACAACAGGCGCAAGUCCCGCAGACUGGAGGUGCGCCCGGCGGUGUCCAGCCGAUUGCUCCCCCAGGCCAGGCUUACAGCUACCCGCCUCCACCACCUCUUCAGCAACCGCAACACAAUGCACAAUCUGUCGCUUCACCAAUGCCAAGUCAAUUCCAACCGCACAGUCUACCAAUCGACCAGCAGGCUCCACCGGCACCAUACCCGCAGCAGCCUGAAGCCGCAACUACGAGCCCUCCAGCGCCUCAGCAGUAUACGUCGCCUCCAAACCUGCCGCCCCUGGCUGGUGCGAUGAACCAUGGGCAAGUGCCUGCAAACUCCCCACCGACAGUACUAGAUCAGCAGUACCAGCCAUACCAGCGUGCUCCCGAAACGCCAAACUCUCAGCUUCUGCUGGCGAGUGCAAAUAAUGUACCCAGCCAACUCGCUGCUUAUGACUACCAACAAGAUCCUGUCGCUUCUCUGUCUGCCCAAAUGAAGAAUCUGAACGUCUUGAACAGUGGCCACCCUCCAACAGCACCGAAUAAUUCCCCGGCCGCACGACAGGAUGGGCCCCGCGGACCGCCCCCUUGUCAAGCUACAGGCAUGUCCAGCGACAUUCUCCCAUACUGUCCCGAAGAUAGAACUGUAAGCUACUCGCUUGAUUGGUAUCGUUUUAUUGCUGUACCACAGUAUCUCAUUUGCACGAGGUGCUAUACCGACUAUAUUCAGAGCACUCAUCUCGCUGGUCAUUUCGAGAGGUACCAUUCGCCAGAGGGCAUAGAAUCCAAGUGCGGCUUCUGGUCUCCUCGCGCACGAGAGGUGCUCUGGCCACAGGCUCUCCAGACCAACAACGUCAGACCUCUACAAGCCUGGAUAGAGAAGAGCCUGACCCUCAAGCCCUGCAAGGGCAGGUUAUGGACGACUGGUGCGGACGAGGUCAAGUGGUGGGGUCUGGUCAACGACGAGAUUGAUGGAUUCAUAUCGUGCGAUGCCUGCUACGAAGAUAACGUCGUGGGCACUGCCUUUGAAUCUCGCUUCCAACCUUACCGCCAGCAAGGACAGGACGAAAAGUGGAUGUGUGAUUUGUGCAUACCUUACAUCGCCAAAACAGUAGUAAAGAUGGCAAAGAAAAAUCACUGGAACGGCUUUGUCGAGGCGGCAAAGGUGCGAGUUCAACUUCCCCUUUGUGAGGGUAGAGAUGAAGAGUCCAACAGUGGGCAUUGGAUGCUACCGCGCCGCAAGAUCAAGGAUAUGACUAUCUGCGAGGCAUGUUAUCUGGAUAAACUUGCUUUAACGCCAUUUGGCAACGAGUUCGAACGUCAUAUCCGUGCAGAAGGCUUUGACGCCUUCGUCGAAUCAAUAGGCCAGAGAUGGAAGUGCAAGCUCACAGAUACAGCUGUUAACAUGAGUAUCGCGCUCGAAGCAGCCAUCUACCGUCGAGAUUUUGAUGUUUUCUGGAAUGCCGCCAAUGCCAUCGCGGCUCUUGUUCCGUGCACAAUUCAUGGCAUCGUGCGUGGCAAUUGGUGGACUGUUGCUGGAGGAUGCGCCGACUAUGAUGUCUGUGAGGCUUGUUAUAAGGGAAUCGUCGAGACAUCUGGCCUCGAGAAAUUCUUCGAGCCUGCCCAGCGCGACCAGACUGUCGACAUCAUUUGCAACUUUUGUCCAGGUACUCCGCGAUGGGGAAGUUUCAUCACCAAGUUCGCUGAAGCUGUUGACAAAGGUGUUUUCAGUCACUACUCUGACUACGUGAAGAAAUGGGCUGGAGUGCCGACAUGUCCAGGGAUCAAGAACAGAGGGAAGAGUAAAUGGUGGGGACACCCAGAAGCCCUGGCCUGUCAGGACUGUUGGUUGAACUUUGUGGCCGAUACCCCCUUGGGAGAUUCCGUUCCUGUCAAGGGGGUUUACGACGAACGUACCUUGAUCUGUCAGCUAUGGUCUCCAAGAAUGCGCAACAUGUGGCUCGCAGCUUGUGCCGCCGGACCUCCUGGAUCACCUGAGUCACAAAAGGCCCUGGAUGAGUUCAAAGCAUUCGGAUCAAGGCGUGUGCAAGUGUACAACGCGACCGUGCCUCACAUCGAGAUGAUCCAGCAGAUGCAGAUGAUGAAGCAAAUGCAGGCUAUGCAGCAGGGGCAACUGAGCUUGAUGUACCAGGGUAUGAAUGGCAUGGCAGCUAUUAGUGGUACUACGGACGGGUACCUGCAUGGUAAUAGUUCUGUUGGGUACUAUGAGACUGAGCAUGGUGUGACGGCGGCGAAUAUGAUGAACAACAUGCAUGCUGGGAUGGCGGACGCGAAUAAGAUGAGCGAUUGGCAAACAAUAAUGCAGCUUCAAGCCACUUGGAUGGAGGUUGAGUAG